AGCGUGGCCGAGAGCAUGCUAGACGUGGCGCUGUUCAUGGCUAAUGCCACGCAGCUGAAAGCGGUGCUGGAGCAGGGGCCUUCCUUCCGCUAUUAUGUCACCCUGACCACUCUCAUCAGCAUUUCCCUCUUCCUCCAGACUGUGAUUGGGAUUCUCCUCAUUGUGAUUGCUCGGCUGAACUUGAACGACGUGACGAAGCAGCAGCGUCUGAACUUGCUCAACAACAUUGCCACGGCUCUGGUCUUCUUUACAGUCAUCAUCAACAUCUUCAUUACGGCCUUUGGGGUGCAGAAGACGGGGCUUUACCCAAGCCCUUACGGUCGGAGGUACUAUUGAGCCUGAGCAGGCAAGAGAAUUGGACUGAAUGCAUGGCAACUGACUGGGAUACCUUCUGUAGUUUUGCUGACAUUCCAUACGUGGCGGUGAAGCUUCAGUGCAGCCUGCUAGAAGCACGUGGAAGUGGUUCCAUGUGGACUGUUUAUACAAUGCACGUAGGGCUCCGAAGAGGUAAAAUUUUUUCAAAUAUCUGCAGAAAUCCAUUUCCAGAGCCUGACCUACUCUUU